CUAGGUGAAACAAGUGGUAAAUUGACGAGAGUUGAUAGUGAACUAGGUGAAACAAGUGGUAAAUUGACGAGAGUUGAUAGUGAACUAGGUGAAACAAGUGGUAAAUUGACGAGAGUAGAUAGUGAACUAGGUGAAACAAGUGGUAAAUUGACGAGAGUUGAUAGUGAACUAGGUGAAACAAGUGGUAAAUUGACGAGAGUUGAUAGUGAACUAGGUGAAACAAGUGGUAAAUUGACGAGAGUUGAUAGUGAACUAGGUGAAAGAAUUGGUAAAUUGACAAGAGUUGAUAGUGAACUAGGUGAAACAAGUGGUAAAUUGACGAGAGUUGAUAGUGAACAAAGUUGA